AUGUUGUAUCCGAAUGAACAGGAUUUUAGCAUUCAUCAUGCGUUCGGCGACGAGGAAAAGUUGGAGCUGGAACUCGCGCAGCGUGAGAUUUUGCGGAUGCGUCAAAUCGAGCUGAAUCAGCUGAAGUGGACUCCAACCAUCACAAGCACAAACCGGCCGCGGGAAAUAUAUCCAUUUGUUUUCGAUGCUUGUAUCGAUAGUGGAUCGGCAAUGAUAACUAUCAACGGCGUCAAGUACGCCCUCCCCGAAGGCUCUACAAGGGAAAGCUUUCGUACACAUGAAGAAGUUGAAGUACCGCCUAUGAAUAAAAGUACCUUAGGAGACGUUCAUCAUAUUUUCGUUAAAGACAUGGACGAUCUGGGUCAGCUUGGUUUUCAAGGGUUUGAAAAGCUCAAUGUUAUCCAGUCCAUUGUUUUCGAACAAGCUUACAAAACUAGAGAAAACCUCUUAAUUUGUGCGCCAACAGGAGCUGGCAAAACGAACAUUGCGAUGCUGUGUAUUCUCAACACUAUUCACGAACAUCGAAUGUUAAGCGGUGAAAUCGCCAAGGACGAGUUUAAGAUCAUCUAUAUUGCUCCAAUGAAAGCUUUAGCUACUGAGAUGACGUCAAGUUUCGGAAAGCGUCUGGCUCCUUUGGGUUUACAAGUUCGGGAGUUGACUGGAGAUACAACGCUCUCUAAAAAAGAGGUGUCCGAGACUCAGGUAGAGUUUUAG